AACCAAAAGACAAAGGAGCAGAUCGAGAGCUUGCUGCAGGAUGGGAAGCACAAGGAGCUGCGGGAGCGCCUGUGCUGCCGGCUGAGCUUCGGCACCGCCGGGCUCCGCUCGGCCAUGGGAGCGGGGUUCUGCUACAUCAACGACCUCACCGUGAUCCAGUCCACACAGGGGAUCUACAAGUAUCUUGAGAGGAAUUUUUCAGACUUUAAGCAGAGAGGCUUUGUUGUUGGAUAUGACACACGAGGUCAGGUCACCAGCAACUGCAGCAGUAAGAAGCUUGCCAAGCUCACUGCAGCAGUGCUGCUGGCCAAAGAUGUCCCUGUGUACUUCUUCUCUACCUAUGUCCCCACACCCUUUGUGCCCUACGCUGUGCAGCAGCUCGGGGCUGUGGCUGGAGUGAUGAUCACAGCAUCCCACAACAGGAAGGAGGACAAUGGAUACAAGGUUUACUGGGAAAACGGAGCACAGAUCACUUCUCCACAUGACAAGGAAAUCAUAAAAUGUAUAGAAGAGUGUGUUGAACCAUGGAAUGGCUCUUGGAAUGAAAAUCUGGUGGACACCAGUCCCCUUAGGCAGGAUCCUCUGAAGAAAAUCUGUGACUGCUACAUGGAGGACCUGAAAAAGAUCUGUUAUCAUAGGGAGCUAAAUAUGCAAACGAGUUUGAAGUUUGUUCACACCUCUUUCCAUGGAGUGGGACAUGACUACGUGCAGUUGGCUUUCCAAGCCUUUGGCUUCCAGCCCCCCAUCCCAGUACCCGAGCAAAAAGAUCCAGACCCAGACUUCUCCACUGUCAAAUGCCCCAAUCCUGAAGAGGGGGAAUCUGUGCUGGAAUUGUCCCUGAGGCUUGCAGAGAAAGAAAAUGCUAGAGUAGUAGUGGCCACUGAUCCAGAUGCAGAUAGACUGGCAGUGGCAGAACAUCAGGAAAAUGGCUGCUGGAAGGUGUUCACUGGCAACGAGCUGGCGGCGCUGUUCGGCUGGUGGAUGUUUUCGCGCUGGAAGGAGAACUGCCCCCAGGGUGCUGAUGUGAGGGAUGUUUACAUGCUGGCCACCACAGUCUCCUCCAAAAUCCUGAGAGCCAUUGCUCAGAAGGAGGGAUUUCACUUCGAGGAAACACUGCCUGGUUUCAAAUGGAUUGGAAGCAGAGUAAAAAACCUCCUGGAUAAUGGGAAAGAAGUUCUCUUUGCAUUUGAAGAGUCUAUUGGCUUUAUGUGUGGCACAUCAGUGCUGGAUAAAGAUGGUGUAAGUGCUGCUGUGGUCAUUGCUGAAAUGGCAACGUACCUGGAGAGCCAGAACCUCACACUGGCACAGAAACUCCUUGAGAUAUAUGAAAUGUAUGGAUAUCACAUAUCCAAGACCUCCUAUUUCUUGUGCUACGACCCUCCUACGAUCAAAAGGAUAUUUGAGAGGCUUCGCAACUUCGACGGCCCUCAGUCCUAUCCCAAAUGUUGUGGGGUUUACAACGUGUUACACGUCAGAGAUGUCACCACUGGCUACGACAGCAGCCAGCUGAACAAGAAAUCGGUGCUGCCAGUGAGCAAAAGCAGUCAGAUGAUCACCUUCACCUUCCAGAACGGUUGUGUUGCCACCCUUCGGACCAGUGGGACGGAGCCCAAGAUCAAAUACUACGCCGAGAUGUGUGCCCUGCCCGAGCAGAGUGACAGGAGCAUGCUGGAAGAAGAACUCCAGAAGCUGAUCGGGGCUCUGAUCGAGAACUUCCUGGAGCCGGACAAGAACGGGCUGACCUGGCGCUCGGCUUAGACCCCGUCCCUGGCCUUCCCAGGAGCCUCCAGGGGGAACAAAGGGCCCAAGAACAGGAUCAGUUCCAAAUGUCUGUGUGUGUGUGUCUGUGUUUUUGUUCCCUGAAGAAGCAGCGUUCUUUUGUCAGGCUCUUCACCAAAGUCCAGGCUUGGAAAAAAAAAAGGGGGAGAGCAAGUCGGAGAAAACAGCAGAGUUAAUUGUUAGAGUUUUCCAUCCUUUUGACCAAAAGGUUAAUUAACCCACACCAGUGCAAAUGAACUGCCCUGAUAUGUUUAAGGCAGGUGGUCUUAGCCACGGGAUCUUGUCUUUAAACUCGCUCCAGGUACUUUAAAAUACAUUUUUUUUCUUCAUGUGAAAAGCUUUGAAAGUCAGGUAGGGAUGAUUGCCCCAGAGUGACAAAAGUCCUGCUUCUUCCUCUCGGCUCUGUGUGACCCUCAGAAAUGGGUCUGUGCUUCCAAAAAACCGUGGAAGUAGAGCUCAGCAGUUCUUGUUCAGGCCAAUUGUUGACGUUUUUCAGCUGCUUAAUUUGGUGAAGGUGUUCUUGGUGCAUUUCCUGUGUCUGUCUUUAAAAAAAAGAAAAACAACUUGGCAGUGAAGCAAUAGUGGCAACACCUGCAGUUCUGCUUUGGGGUUGGAAUGGUGUAGUGCCUUUCCAAGGCUUCCAGAGGAGAAGGGAUUGGUCAUUACUUGGUUAAAUUGCCCAUUCUGACUGUCAUAGGCCUUGUAGCUCU